CUCCGCGUCACUUCCGGGCCGCGUCUCCUUCAGCCCAGAGACCGCAGAGAAGAUGGCGGCGCUACGAAUCUCGGUGCUGGCGGGGAGUGGGAGAGCCCUCCUCGGCACGCCGAAAAGCAUCAAGACCCCCGUGGCCAAAAUGUCCUUCGCCAGUUUGCCUCGGAGCAGGAAGGUCGCCCUGACGACGAUGGGCGUGGUCACGGCCGGCGGGGCGGGGCUUGCCCUGAUGCUGCACCAGUCCGUCAAAGCCUCGGACCUGGAGCUCCACCCCCCCGAAUACCCCUGGAGCCACGCUGGACCCCUGUCCUCGCUGGACCACGCUAGUGUUCGUCGUGGUUACCAGGUGUAUAAGCAAGUGUGUUCGGCCUGCCACAGUAUGGAGUACCUGGCCUUCAGGAACCUGGUGGGAGUGUCGCACACGGAGGCCGAGGUCAAGACCAUCGCUGAGGAGAUCGAGGUGGUCGACGGUCCCGACGACGGAGAGAUGUUCACCCGGCCGGGCAAGCUGUCGGACUACUUCCCGAAGCCCUACCCCAACCCUGAGGCGGCCCGCAACGCCAACAACGGAGCCCUGCCGCCGGACCUCAGCUACAUCGUCAACGCCAGACACGGAGGAGAGGACUACGUGUUCAGCCUGCUGACGGGGUACUGCGAGCCCCCGGCGGGCGUGGAGGUGAGGGAGGGUCUCUACUACAACCCGUACUUCGUCGGCCAGGCCAUCGGCAUGGCGCCGCCCAUCUACAACGAGGUGCUGGAGUAUGAUGACGGAACCCCCGCCAGCAUGAGCCAGGUUGCUAAAGACGUGUGCACGUUCCUGAGGUGGGCGGCCGAGCCCGAGCACGACCAACGUAAACGCAUGGGACUGAAGAUGCUGAUGGGCGCCGCCAUCGUCAUCCCGCUGCUCUACUACAUGAAGAGGCACCGGUGGUCCGUGCUGAAGAGCAGGAAGAUCGCCUACAGGCCUCCCAAGUAAAAAGGGGGGGGGGGGGACCCGUCUCGCCCCGACUCGCCCCGGGCCUAACACCUACCGGAGAGCGCCGCGUUCAACGACCCCCACGACGCUCGCCUCAUAACGAUCAAACGGACAAAAAAAUAAAAUAAUACGCAACAACUGACAAACGCAUGUACGCCUUUCUAAGAGGAAGUAGAGGAAUAUGUGUGCUUUUGUUUCUAAAAGGAGGAGGCCUGUGUUUUUUUUUUUUAACGUUGUUGGCCGUGUGCCAGAUGUGACAUCUGGAACGCCGCCGCGCACGUUUGUGUCGGAGAGUCGUGGCGAGUUUUUUGAACGCAGCCUCGACCCACAAAGAGAGUUUGUUUGUUUGUUUGUUUUCUCGUCCGGCAGCAGUUCACGUACUCGAAACAUCUCGUACCGAGACUCUUCGUCACGGGCGCACGAGAAGAAUGGUUGCGUCAGAGUUGGUACAAUCCCGUGUGUGUGUGUGUGUGUGUGUGUGUGUCCACCUCACCCUCCUCACCACUAAGCCACUCGGUGGAUGCAAUGCAACCUCUGUUUUACUGUACAAAAUAAAUUAUCUUAAAGGAAACAGA